AUGCCCAACCUCUCUUUCCUUGUCACUUAUCGAAGGCCACGUGCGACUUUCAACCGCGUUCUCAAUGAGCGCAGAAGGUCUGUCUCUGCGCAUAGGCCGGAUGUCGAACACUUCCAACUGCUCACUUGGGACAAGCUGCCCGAAUGGUGCCGCGACAAUCAUUUCGUUAAGUCUGGCUACCGGAACGAGUUUCGAUCUGCACGAGCAUGCUUGAAAUCCAUCUUCAGCAUUCACAACGAAACAGUCAACAUAUGGACACAUCUUGUGCCGGCUGCAGGCUUCUUAAUCGGCCAAAUCUUGCUACAAGGCCUCAUCAACCACUACUACCCAGACGCCGCCUGGCUGGAUAGGUUCGUCUUCGCUUGUAAUGUCGGUGCUGCCGUUGUUACGAUGACGCUGUCUUCCCUAUACCACACCCUGAUGUGUCAUUCAGAACCUGUCUCGAGUCUCUGGCUUAGGAUCGACUAUGUGGGUAUCCUCACACUGAUAUUGGGAAGCUUCUUUUCUGGCAUCUAUGUUGGCUUCUACUGCGAUCCCAUACCCAGGGGUGUCUACUGGUCGAUGAUCACGAUUCUCUCUGUCAUCACCUCGACUCUCGUGCUACACCCGAGACUACAAGGACUGAGGUAUCGUUCGCUCAGGACCUGGGCUUUCAUUCUGACGGCACUGAGCGGUUUCGCGCCAAUACUGCACGGCUUGUAUCUGCAUGGAUGGGCUCAGAUGUGGAUUCGAUCUGGAAUGCCAUAUUACUUCCUCGAGGGAUUGAUCUACGGUUUGGGUGCUUUCUUCUUUGUCACGCGAAUUCCAGAGUCGUUGUGGCCGGGCAAGUUUGAUAUCUUCUUCGGCUCGCACCAGAUUUUCCAUGUCCUAGUCGUGAUAGCCAGCCUCGCCCAUCUGUAUGGUGUGUGGAAUGCUUUCGGAUGGAAUUACGAGAAUCAGAGAACGUGUCCGGCUCGAAACUGA